AUGAUCCGGGUCAUGCCCAUCAUCCGGAGCCGGUCCGGCUGCUUCACCUGCCGGCGCCGCAAGAAAAAGUGCAACGAGGAGAAGCCGCUCUGCUCCGGCUGCCGCCGCAACAAGCUCGACUGUCGCUGGCCGGCCGAGUCGUCGUCAUCGUCGAUCGCCCGGCAGAGUCGCGAUAGGACCUGUUCCCCCUCUCCGUCGUUGGCCCAUGCCUCUCCGACCGACCCCGGGCGCCGCCCUCCGCUCGACAAGGUGCCGUCGGUGGUUGUCACAUUGUCCGGGCCUUCCGACCAGCGGCAUCGUCACAGCCUCCCGUCGCCGCCAAAGCCCCAGGCCAUGGAGCCAGCAACAGAGCCCACGGCUCGCGACGAGUCUCUAAAGCCCCGACCCGACCCGCUACCAGCUGCUCUCUAUCGCUCGUUGGUGACAGACAUCGGAUCGGAAUCCAGCGUCGGUGCCGCCGUGGACGUGAGUGACGACAGCCAGGGCUCUCCGUCAGUCUCGCCCCUUCCGAUGCCCUCGGCCUCUGCGCUCGCCGCGACAUCGACUUGCUCCAACGACCCGUGCCAGCUGGAAUACGACAACAAGGCCCCGGACCAGCUCUCGGACGGCCAGGUCCGCGCCCUUUGCCAACAAGUCGGCAACAGUCUGCGGCCCCUCGUGGCCGCGCCCAUGGCGCUGCUGCCGUCGCACGGGCCCAACUCGUACGAACUGCUGAGCUACUACCUAUCCCGGACAGCAAACAGCAUGGGCAACGGCUCGACGGACGUGAAUCCCUUUAUUGUCAAGCUCGUCCCGCUCGCCUUCUCCAACCCCUUGGUCCUGCAGCUCCUCCUCGCCCAGAGCGCGGCGCAUCGCCAGGCCUCCAGCUUGCAGGCCGGCAAUGAGAUUGCGCAGCAGUACUACACCGACUCCCUCCGCUUGUUUAGGAAUGUCGUGGGCGAGUAUGUCUCGGGCAAGGACGAAAACCCCCUGACGUUGACCGUGGGAAGCCUUAUACUUUGUCUCACCGAGGUCGCGCGCGGCGAUGUCUACGGCACCAUCUUCGACCACCUGGCCGCCUCUCGCUCGCUGCUUACGACACUGCUCGACCGCCCUGAGUCACAGGCCUUCGUCGGCGACCUCGCCGACUUCCUUGUCGAGUACUACAUGCACACGGCGGCCUCAAGCAUCAUUUCGACCGACCCCCACGGCAACUGGCAGCCGCUGCUCAGCCCCAGCAUUGAGCGCAUGGCUCGCGUCCUCGUCGCCCGAAAGUACAUGGGCCAGCUCUGCGGCUGCUGGCUCGAGCUGCUCUUGCUCAUCCCCCAGGUUUUCCAGCUGGGCAAGACGAUGCUGCCUUGCAUCGACUCCAAGCCCCCGCCGCCGUCGGCCGACGACAUCAUCACCUUUGGAUUCCUGCAGUCGCAGAUUCUCGCCUUCUUUCCACCGCCCUCGGCGAGCCCAUACAGCCAGCUCGCCGGCCUUGUGUUCAAGCAGGCCGCACUGCUCUAUCUCUGGAGCAUCUUGGGCCCGCCGCCGCAGUCUUCUCCCUGCGGCGCGCACGCGGACCUCGUCCAAGGCGCCGUCGCCGAGGCAGUCUCGAUUCUGGGCCAGUUUCCCGCGUCGGCUCGGGUCAACACCAGUCUCUGCUGGCCACUGGCCGUCAUCGGCUGCUGCACGGCGGACCCGGGCGUGCGGGACGUCCUCAGGGCGCGGCUGGAGACCAUGAUUGACUCGAUUGGCCUGGGCAAUAUGAGGGAGACGCUGGUGCUGCUCGAGCGCAUUUGGCGUCAGCCCGCGGAGGCGACGAGCCCCUGGCUGCUGCACAUGGCGAUGCAGGAGCAUCGGAUAUGGAUAUCAUUUGCCUGA